GGAAGACGAGAGGAGCGGGCUGAUUUCCUCCACUAUGGAUGGGAACAUCUACGAUCAAUUUGGGGAGGCUAUUGACAUAAGGCUUGAAGGAGUGAGGGCGGAAGCCCAACGAAGGGCGGCAGCUGGGCUGCCACCCCCUGCCAUGUUCAGGUUAUGGCAGGAAAAGGGGGAACCACCGAUUGGGGUGGAGGAAGUGGGGAGCGAUGAGGAAGUGACUCAAGGACUACGAGGAGAAAGUAAGAGGGAAGAGUCCAUAACCAUUGAGUCAGAUGACGAGAAUGAGGAAGAAAGGAUGGAACCUUCGUCCGUCUUGUUGGGGAAAAUGGAGGACCUGCUGGAUAAGAUGGGGAGGUACCAACAGAAGUUGGUGGGCCAGUGUGAUGAAGUGAGGAAAUGGAAGUCUAACAUCCCCAAGGUGUUCCUCUACGACUUUGGUCCUGAGUCAGCGCCUGAGCGACCCAGAGAAGGGGAGGCGGUGGAGAAUACGGCCCCAGUUGACGGAUUUCUGGAUCAGGAAGAAGAUGUUCGUCUCCACAUCAACAAGUGGUCGUCGCGAGUGCCCAGCUGUGUAGGCUAUCCUAUCUGGCAAGCGCCGAAUGGGUAUGAAAGGAGGGCCGAUCUAGUCCUCAAACCCUUUGAAGAAGAGGAUCCUUGGGGUGGUAAAGAUGUUCAGUGGAUGAUGGAGUUAGCGUUGGCCAGCUCGCAUAGCCUGGUGGAGGACAUGAGAACGAUUGAGGAAGGGCCUGGCCAAGUAGAACGGCAUGAGGACCUGAUAGGAGGAAUGUAUCUCAUCGUCAACACGUUAUUGCAGGACGGCCUCGACCAGUCAGGCUCGUUGAACCCGACAGGGAAUGUGGACGAAGUGCCCGAGAGCCAGGACGACGAGUUCGAGGAAAAGGAGAUUAAGGAGGUUUUUCGUGCAGAGGAGUACGGCGGGAUCUACCUAGAGCGGGGGCUUCGUUUGUCAUGUGAAAUGUUGCUUAGGGAUGCAAGCGAUAGAGCUCAGAGGAUGGUGCAACGUUAUUUAGUGCGAGACGAUCACCUUUUCGUGAGAAGAGAAGCGGGGAAUCCCAGGAGCGUCGUCUGCGGUAAGAAUCGUCAGAUCGACGUCGUAGCAGCGCUUCAUGAUGGCAUUGCAGGAGGGCAUCGAGGGGUACAAGCCACGUCUGACUUUACAAAGACAGUCAUGCGAAGAGGAGGCAAGGGGACACGGCCGCCUCAGAGGCCGUUGGGCGCAUCAGGAGGAUAUGAGCGGCAUGGGCCUCACCAUCGAGAGAGUACACCGGUCUACGAUGAUGGGGACAUCGAGUUAUUCCUGGACGGUUUCUGGGAGCAUGCGAGGCGUAUGGGCUGGAUCGUGGCUCAGGCGAUUGAGAGAUUGAGGGAAGCAGGCAGGUUCGAGGAACCCAUUGCCCGGAUUCGUAGGGAGGCGACGACGAGGCAGGAGGUGGAGACAAGGAUGGAGGAGUUGCGACCCUCGCCUGUGGGACCAGAUGGCAGGCCGAUCCGUCUGGAAAUCGAAAAUGUGGCAGACUUUAUCCCUGCCUUCGAGUGGUUCAUGCAGGGGCAGGGUAUACCGAGAAAUGAGUGGGCGAGGACGUUACCCCUCUGGACCAGAAAGGCGGAGAGGGCACUGGCUAAGCAGGUCAGAGACAUGGCUCGGGACUGGGAGAGCUGCAGGGCACAUCCGAGAGAGGCCUUUCGACGACCAGAGCCCCCUCAGCCCAGAGUCGAGAGGCGUCAAAGGAGUCGGAGGCAGAGGGACCCUGAGCCCAGGGAGGCGAGACCGUCUCGAGGAGGACGGAAGACCCUAGCCAGGAGAGAGGAGGAACCGGAGCCGGAGCCAGACGCUGAGGAGAGAGGGGCAUACCCUGAGUGUGGGUUGGGACCAGUGGAGUUCCAUCGGUUUACCGAAGCAGAGCGUCGCCAGGAGCCACCUAUGGGGAGAGUUAUCUUGGAGCCAGAGGAGGCAAAAGCCCAGAGACAGGCGGAGAGAGAGGUGUUCGAGUUCAGAGCCCCUACCGAGCUCGCGACGCUGCCAGUAGCAGCGGCGGGCCCAGUCGUACCUUUGGCAGUUGAGGAGGGGUUACCACCAUCUAGCAGUAAACCGGCUCAGGGCUCAGCAGAGGGAUCCAUGAGCGUGCUCCUUGAGACGGUGCAUACUAUGCAGGAGGAGGUGAGUUUGUUUUCACCUGAGCAGAGGAUAGAGGAGCCUCUUGAGAGAGAGAUGGGGAUUGAGGCGGAGGGUGCCAUCGAGGAAGGGCUCCAGAGGUUGGGCACACCUGAGUAUGGGCCAGAGGAGAUUGAGGAGCAUCCCAUUGCAAUGCCAGGAGAGACACUCGAGAGGAGACCUCAGAGGUUGGACACGCAUGAGUACGUCCCAGUGACAGGGGAUUUGAGGAGCAGACUGGGAUUUUGGGCUACUGGAUCUGGGUCUGGGGGACCGGUUCCUGAGACAGAGCAGCAGGAGGUCGUUAGUACCGCAGCUCCUCGAUCAGAGCAGCAGGGGGUUGUCAGUACCUUGGUAUGAUCUCCUUCAUCGCCACCCCCUC